CUAGUUUGUUAAUUAGUUGGUUAUAUAGAUAGAUAAGUAUACGUCUAAUGAAUAUUCGCCCGGGCUCAAUAGAUUUGCCAUUUAAAGUUUUAUUAGUUUGAGAAUGUACUAGCGCAACGCUCUCUUGUGCCGCUUGUGCCCAUACUUUUCGGCAGUAAUUUUAUUGUUAAUGGAGAUUCUCUUAUAUACUCUGUGACAGCCAUGUUGUUAAUUCUUUUAUAUCUAUACUCGUUAGUUUUUGUUAACAUCUUUAUUUCCCGCUCUCCUUUGUCUCUCCGCUCUCUCCACUCUCUCUCUUAACAAUAUAUACAUAUAUAUGCUGGCAAUUCUCCUUGUCACUUACUAACAAUAAUUACUCUCUUCAUUUAUUUUCAUUGUUGCUUUUUUUUCACUCUUUAUUUCAACAUUGUUAUUUAUUUUACAAUCAAAUCCUCAUGUAAAAUCGAUUUUGUCUUCAACUUUUACAUAAAAAAAAAUCGUCAAGUUGGAUCUAUCAUUUAAGAUCAUGGAGUCUGGAAACAGUUUACCCACGCCGGGUAAUUAUCCUGAUGGAGAUCGCCAACAGUUUUGUGUAUCUUGGAACUCACAUCAGUCGAAUAUGCACAAUGCGUUUCCAAAAUUACUCAGUUCGGAGCAGUUCGUCGAUGUUACACUGGCCUGCGAUGGUGGAUCUAUCAAGUGUCACAAGGUAGUAUUGUCUGCCUGCAGUGAUUAUCUAGAGAGAUUAUUACUGGAAAUACCCUGCACGCAUCCCAUUAUUUUCUUACGGGAUAUGCGUAUGUGGGAGCUACAGGCUCUUGUUGAGUUUAUGUAUCGAGGAGAAGUUUAUGUUGAACAACAACAGCUUGCUAAGUUGAUGCAAGCUGCGGAUGUUCUUCAGAUACGCGGGUUGUCAAAUCAAGGCCGAGAUCUCAAUCAAGAAACUUCAACACCACCAAGUAUCUCAAGUACACAUUCAGAGCCAACUACUCCGAUUAAAAAAGUACCCCAAGCACCCCCUAGUAUGAAAGAAGACAUAGAAGACGAAGAAGAUGACGAAGAGAUUGACGGACAGCCGCCAUCUGAUGACCCAAUAGCUUUUCUUGAAAAUUCUCAAAACGUGACAUUAAAUCCGAUAAACAAUACUUCGAUAACCGUAACUCCAACCGAUCCACCAGUGACAGAACCUUCUAAUUUUUUGACAAUCGAUCAUACUGAAAAUAUUGAACACACCGAGGCACUUCAGCAUUUGGAAAAAGCACUGAGUUCCUGUGAAGCAACAAUGACUGAAACACCUGGUAUGGUUAAAAUGGAACCCGAUGAACAAUUUUUUCAACAGGACAAGCCCUAUUCAAUCAGUAUGGUACCAACGUCAAACAACUGCAACACAACCAAUAAUAGUAACAGUAACAGUCCCUUUCCUGCUAUCGAAGGUUAUCAAAGACGACAACGACGCUCAGAAGCAGAGUUAAAGUUGGCAUCAGACAUGGUGGCCCGCGGCAAAACGUUUCAAGUAGCUUCUGAGAAAUACAACAUUCCGAUCAGCACAAUUCGCUUCUACAUGGUCCGAAAGGGGCUUUUGCAGAGGCGAAAACGGGGACGCGGCUCGACUAACAUAGGUGCGUCCAACAGUCAGCCUGGCAGCCCCGCGACUCCGCCAUUUCACAUGAUGAAUUACCGCUUGCCUGAGAGUUUAAAUUCAACUCUUCAGUAGUGGCUAACUUACGUGAAAGUGAAUAAUAAUAAUAAUAUUAAAAUGAUAAUAACUACCGGUUGUUGUAUAUCCGGUAAAUCUAAUCAAUUUGGUAUCGUCGUGAGAAUAAUUAUAAUAAUAAUAAUAUAAAUAAUUAUUAACUUCUUCCCUCAUAAUCGAUCAGCACCAUCAAUAUAUCGGAGAUAAAUUUUCAUUUUUAUUAUUAUUAUUAUCAUGAUAUAUAUUAUUGUUUGAUUAAUAUGAUUUAAAUCAUCAGUUUGGUUCUCGUUGUUGUUGUUGUUCGUGACAAUGAUGGCGAUGACGGGCGAGAAGAUGAUGAUAGUUCGGGUUUGCUUGUAACAGUCGUAGAGAUUUAAUUAAACAGAUACAACACGAUAUAAUAGUUGUGUUACAAUAUGAUAAGAGAGUUGUAGCCAUACACCGCAAUACGACUCAAUCCCAAUUUAAAAUAGAAAAACAAUAAUAAGUUAAUGAUAAUACUUAUAAAUAUUGUAUGAUAUUGGAACUUAUUAUAUAAUCCGGCUGAUGUGAUGUAGUGAAAGACCCCUUUUUGGUUUUUAUUUCUUUUUUUUUAUUUAACUAGGAAUCUCUAAAUUGUUACAUACCGGGUGACUUUUAUUAUGAGAUUAUUCGUACUUGAGAUUUAUUUAAAUACAUUCCCGUCUGUGGCAUAUGUAAAAAAAAAAAGUUAUUAUUUGUCUUUUACUAUCAUCUAACGCUUAUCUCAAACGAAUAUUUAAUUACUUUGCAAAG